ACAGGCAGCUCCAGUCGCCUCUAAGUCCCCGGCAAAGAAACAUUGCCUCUCGGAUUUCCUCUGUAGCUGUUACGCCUCCCACAUUCUUUUGUUACGAAUAGUUAUUUUGGCCUCGUCGUGAUAUUCCGAACUGCUGUAGUUAGCUGAUAACAUUAAUUUUGUGCCUAUGAGAUCACCGGACUCCUUUUGUGAAAAGCGUCGUUGGUUCUUUGUGCCCGUAUGUUGACACUGUUGACUGUUGUACGUGCAAGAUAUAUGUUCUUGUAGUAAUGCGAAAUUUCUGUUAAUAAGUGUUGUAUCAUAACAGGAAUCAGUGAAGCUAUUGUGGUGUAAUAUGUGUUUGAGAAUGACUACACAGUACAAACAGAGCGACACGGGCAUCCGCCGCGUUGUAAGAACUUGUUACAGGAGCCGAACAGGACGAGGUAAAGCCGGGCGGUGAAGCCGGGACCCGGAACGGGGGAAUAAUGCUUAAGUGGCUGUUGGCAGGAGCCCCUUCUCCUCAGACUGCUUCUGUUAUAUCUACCGACAUUGUAACCGACGAUCCCCUGGCCACAAUCUGCGCGCACAAGGUGGACCGACCACUCGAGAUCUACGCCGUCAGCAGAGUGAAUCCUCUUUUCUACGAGGACGACGACAGAUCUGGCUGUGACGACAGGAAGAACCAUCAGGAGCAGCAACAGCAGGAUUCUCCAGAGCUCCCAGAGAAAUCAGCGAGCUCCGGCUAUGGCAGCCACCGGUACAACUCGUCCUCAGAAAGCGGAACUGAAGAGCCGACUGAGCCUGCGAUCUUGCGCGACGACGCCAUCACUAUUCUGGAGCAGAAUUUGGGAUAUGUGAAGAGCAUCUUGGUGGCAGUCAAAGGCAAUAAUCCUAGUCCUAAAAGAUAUAACCAGCGUCCCAUUGGAGUCAUGCUGACUCCUAUUCCGGAAGGUAAGGUAGAUUACUGCAUUCCGCGACCUGUCUGGCCACGACAUCAGGAAGGGCCCCCAGACUCCAUCGUGGACGAUGCCUUACUGCUUUACACUAGUUUCACAUAUACUUCUUCAGACCAGAAUUCUGGAAAGUCGACGGAAAACACAGAUCCAAGGAUCGUAUCCUCAGAAGAACUCGUCAGGGGACUAUCAAAUACCAUUAGUCAAGUCACAGAAUUCAAAGAAAAUGGAACGCCCAAAGAUAACUGCAAAAAGACUCUCAAACUUGAAUCGCUACAGAGAAGUCCUUCUUCUGAAGAAAUCCUCAGGAAGCUAUCAGUGAGUCUAAGUCACAGGGAGUCACUGACGAAGAUGUCUCGAGCCCUUAGUAACAGCAGCGGUAGCAGUGGCGGGGCUUUGAGGACCAGACCUUCAGAAGACAGAGAGACAGCCCGUCUGUUGCUGCUGCAGAGACUAGAAGAGUCAACUAGGGCCAGCAGGGCCGUUGUCCGGGGAUCGUCUUCAUCCUCCACGAGUAGCAGCGGUUUCUCCAGUUCGUACUCCAGUCAGCAAGCCCGACUUCACAUUGGACAUGCACCGAGCGGAGUGCCUAAUGCUGAAGAUCAAGGUGGCCAAACGGAGGCGCUGCUGGUGCCGGCUGGUGACGUCACUGCUUGGUCUCGUCUUCUUCCUGAUGUCGGUUAUGGUGGUCAGCAUGCUGGUCACGAAGGGCAAGAGGCUAUUCGGCCCCAUCUGAAACUACAGUCGGGGAAAUUUCUUCUGACCUGUGAAGGUCAUCAAGCAUUUACAUGCCCCUCCACCUUUUCUCUCCUCCCUGAGACUCUACUGUGCGUGAUAGCAAUGGUUGCCUCCACAGAUCAAUCAUGGGAGGUGACGCAAUAACCUUGACCGACCAAAAAGAAAUCCUCGACUACAUCAGAUUUGUGAGCAGAAGGUGAAAGUAUCUGGAAGUUGGAGGGUGGGAGAUAAUAAUUAAAAUGCCUCGACAUAUGAGGCAGAAUUGACAGUAUUUCAUUGAUUAUCUUAAUUCUAGUUUUGGCAGACUCGAAAACAUGAUACUUUCCACACGUUCGUUAUUAUAAUUAGAUGGUGGAACUUGGUGUAGCUUUGUUGACAACAAGGAGUGCAUCUGAAUAGAAUGAUUAUAAGUUUGUGAAUAUGGCAAAGUAAACAGGUUGUGGCACUUUCCACAGUUAACGUGACACCGAAUAAAGGCAACCAACCACCGGUGCCAAUAUGCAGGGAAAAUUUGUAUAUUCUGGCCGCUAUAUCAGGUCGAACAGACAGUCACGCUGCUGGGCCUAGCCACGUGAAGGGGCCGCUAAUAAGCCGGCGGCGAGCUCGAAUCAGUUCACUGUUAUAUAAUUUCUGCAACAUUGUUUACGUAACAUUACAUUAUGGUACUGAAAUGUGACACUUCCCAGAGAUCGUUUUGGCCUCAGGAGGUGCCGACGUAACCAUAAACCUAAACAGAAAUUAGAGCUGACAUAAAGAUGAGGGACACACAGUUGCUCCAACUUCUGGACGCAGUGCCUGAGACGUGGCAAUUAAUAUUUUCCUGUGAAAACAUUCCAGUUGGUUGUAACUUCCAAACGCCACCUUCUGUUCGUUUUCUGAGUCGUGACUGAUUUCAUGUUGGUAUUCUUCACUCUUGCGAUCUCAGUGCAGCACAAGAUCUGGAACGAAGCAAAAACUGUACGUUGGAAUCAGACCUGUGUACGUUAAUAAUUCUAUCUUACGCAUGGUUCGUGAAAUUUGGAGAGGGGAGAGACUAACAGGCUAGCCUCUUUCAUGCAAAUAAGACGAUUCUCAGGGUUGAGCGAAUGCUCACCGGACACCGAAGGAAGCACCCCCUGUGUGGCACUGUGGGUGUGUUCCAGCUGGCUCUCACGUUUCCAUUUUCCCUUAAAUGUUCUAUCACCACAGCCCAAAAUCAGUUAUCUGCUCGCUGUUGCUUCUGAUUAGGUUCGCAGAGCUUUCAGCUCACCGUGAUCUUCGUUAUCAAUGUCAAGAAUCAGUUUAGGCCAAACCCCAGUCACCUCUCAUACUUGAGCCAGCCAGAGAAUCAAUUCCGAUAUGGCACAGAAAGCAUUUCUUUUGCACUCAUUUGCAAUUACAUAAACGUAUAAAAUUGCGGGCAGCUGAUUAGACCUAACGGUGUGCAGUGCCACACUUCAUGAUAAUUAGAUACGUCAACACGGCGGGAGUUUGCCUGUGGGUACGGAAUUACCAGAUUUCCAAAAUGUAGAAUAAUGCCCACCGUGCUUUUCAAAAGUUAAUUUACGUAAAUCCGCAUGAACUGUACCAAAGUGACUCCAUAGUUUAAAACAUACAGUAAAAGUAUACUUAGUGCUGACUUAUAAAUAUUCCUCAAAAUCUCUCUUUAUAUUUGUAUGCGUCAGAGAUGAAAAUUACUGUAAAUAAAUAAUUACAUUUCUUGUGUUAGCUUCCUAUAAUAAAUCUUAUGAAUUUAAUGUACGCUAAUGCGAAUGAAAUAUUCAGAUCUUUUGAGAAAAAAGUGACCAUAACCUUCGCGAAGAAAUGAUACCGAAUGCAUCACCCAGCCGAAGGGGCUGGAUCUGGUUGGCUUUGUUGUGAUUGCAUGGAGGUUUACUAGUGCAGUGCCAAAAAAGAUAAUGAAAAAUAAGCACGUUUCAAGUUACAAUGGGCUGCUCAUUAAUAUAACCUGCAAUAAUAUACACGGUGUGUCCAGGAUACGUUAGGACUCAUUCCCCCCCCUGCAAUGCCAUCUGUUAGCGAGAUGUGGCGUUAAGAUUCUUGAAGUUUCAGCUGUGGCUGUCAAUUCCAAAGCGCAAGCAUUGCUGUACCAUAUAUAUGUUCUGACCUUAAAUGUAACAUUACCGUUCUGACGCUCGUCGGAAAAUGGCGGUUGAACAGAGAGCCAGCAUACAAUUUUGUUUGAAGUUAGACAAAA